AAAUGUAUUCUAGCUCUAAACUUUGUUUGAGUUGUGUUAAAUUUCCUACGAAGAAUCCGUGCUCUGGAGAGCCUCAAUGUGUCACAGUAUUCGUGUAAAAACAUUCAUCAGACUCUGAAAAAGGAAGAGCAAUCAAAGUGAGCAUAGAAGCAGCCGGCGUCUGAAACAGAAAAAGAUCAUAGAACCCGGAUCAUACCGAGGCGAGAAACGAUGGCGAAAUUGUUGGACGUUCAGCGGGACGAUGACCCAGUGGAGCUGUCGAGCAACCAAAUGCUAUUAUAUGUCGACGACGAAUUGACGGUGAGCGUUAGCGCUUUACAUUAUCCUUCCGACGUUAUAGGGAAUAAAAAUGAAAAGACGGAGAUACUAGUCUUUACGGUUGAUCGGGAGAACGUGAAUUGUUUCAAUGAAUCGAUCGCCGAUUGUCCCAACCCAAAGCAACGUUCAGCAACGUCGUCGCCCACUAUGGUUUUGGAUAUAAAAGGUUUACGAGUAAUCAGUGAUGGUCCUUUAACUCGUGGUAAAGAAUGGGAAGAAUUUAAGAAAAAAUACGUAUUGCUGACGAAAGAAGAGCUUCAGGCGUCGUUUAAAGUUCCUUGGAAAAGUAUGCUUGCCAUCUUGGUCCAGGCAGAACCAUGUAUCGGUUGUCGAAGAAGUGUUGAAAAAAGGUUUAGUGACUUGAGUAAAUCGGGACAAUCUGCAUUGGAUCCACUGGUUAUUUCUACUGAUGGUGUGGUUUCUAUAAAGGAGGAAGUAUUAAAAUCACCUCAGCUACUUUGUACAAUAUUGCAUGGACAUAGUGCUAGAUUAAAUAAUUUAGUAGAAAAUCAGCCAAGAAAUAGAAAGUCUCGGCGAUGUGUAUUGCAUUCUCUGGAAAUCCAACGAAUGCGACCACCACCAAACGCGUGGAAGGAAGUAUGGGACUGCAUGGCGCUACCGUGUCAACAGGAGUUGGCUUUAAUAGAGACAGAUACACUUGAUGAUACUUUAGAUACUUACCUACGUAAACACAGAUUUUGUGGUGAGUGCCGCAAUAAAGUAUUGUUGGCAUCAUCGCUUCUGACACGAGAACCAGAACCUACAAAAGAAAAAGGUUACGUACCAGUUUUAUAUUCCGGAAUUAAGCGUUGUAUCAACGAGCAUCAUGUUCACUUACCAGCCAUCACUGAGUAUAUCGGCACCCUUAUUGGCCGUGCGCAGCCAGAGGUCAUGGGAAGGGAGCGCCAUGCGAAAACGUUGGAGGUCGCUCAAGAGGAGGUGCUUACCUGUUUAGGUAUAUGUGUUGCGGAAAAAUUGCACAGAGUUUAUCGACGACUGAAGGAAGAGGAGACCGUGUGUAAAGUAUUAGCUGCUGUCGCGAUAGACGCAUUAUCUAGAAACUUUCAGAUGGCAGUUGAGGUGAAACAAGGUAUUUCUCAAUUAGAACUAUUGUACAAAGAACUUACUAGGGAAGAAAUAGUGAAGCAACAGAGGCGCGAAAAGUUACGGCUAAAACGGAAAAAAAAGAAGGAACGUCGUUACGAAACAGAAGAGAAGGAAAAUUCCUGUGACUGUUCAAGUGAAAAAAAAAGCAAAUCUCUCUGUAUAUGUACGGAAUCAAAGCCAACAAAGCAAAACAUCAAUCGGCAUAAGUUGCAGGUCCUAGAUCCAAAAAAUAAAGGUCCACCAACGUGUAAAUGUUCAGACUGUUUAAAGAAACCAAAAACAUGUAGUAUAUCCCAAUCGCAGAGUAAAGCAGAACUAACAUUCCCUGUGAAAAAGACGACAAGUGUACAGAAGGCAACAGUUAAAAACAGUGCUGUAGAAGCGAAAGUGACAUUUAGCAUAAGUCAAUCGAAACAAAGUAGUAUAUCUCCGAAACAAUUACCUCAGGAGGAUUCGUCGGAUACUUGCGAUUCGUGUAAGGAAGGUAAAAAGAUUAGUGACAGUGAAUGGCAUUACGAGAAUAACUGCAAAGAUUCCGUGAGACAGAAGUUAGAUUGGAUAACAAAGUCCAAAUAUGCUGACUUGUGGUUUUUGACGAGGAUGGGGAUAAAGAAACACUUCUCCAGUGAGCAGUCGUCCCAGGAUUACGGAUAUUCUUCCGAACACAACAUCAGUAGCUCUUCUCUUCCCAGCACACCGGAGGGUUCCGAAGUGGCGUGCAACGAAUGUUGCGAUCACGAAGGUUCUUGUCACGUUAAACUUAAUCAUUCCAGUUCUAGCAUCUAUUUGUUAAUGGAGGGAAGUGGUUAUCCGACACUUACGCAAAUGUUAAAGGAUUCCUAUUCCUCUAAUUACGACGACGACGACGGCGACGACGAUGAUGACAAAAAGAGUUACAUCCCUAUCGAGGAAGUGUUAGAAUUCAAAUCGCGAAUGCGUGAAGAAUUUGUGAAAAAACGCCGGCAAGAACUCCGACAAACGCUUAAAGAACGUUUUGCUAUGUUGUGCAAUCAUCAGAAACGACUUUUUAUUCUUCAGUGAAAAAUUCCUACUGGAUAACUCGAUACAAUACAAUGUUUCUGAAUUUUUUUAUAUUGGUUUACUGUUAAUAGCGAGACACGAACACAAUAUACUUUGUUCUAUGAAAGACUGAUCUCGAUUUUCAUUCGCCAGAUCUUUCCCUAGAAAUCGACCCACUGGGCGAUAAAUAACAUCGCGUUAACAAAUAAUGAUGCUAAAUAUUCAUGUCGAUGCAAAUUUACAUCGACGUAAACUGUGCUGUACUGUGAAUUAAAAAAGGUGCCUCAAAUAUUAUAUAUCUAUAUCCAUCACUGCGUUAGAUGAUCCCUAUUUAAUUUUCUUUACUAUCUAUUUAUUAUUUUACUAUUAUCUUACUUUACUAUUAUCAGAAGCGUUAAUCGAGAUUAUUUUCUCAUAGAACGAAAUAUAUGUCUUUCAAACCACUUUUGUCAUUCGAAGUCGAUCUUCUGACGUG